UUUCACAUAAAUGCGGACGCUCUAGGGCAGCAUGGCCCAGCGACAGUUGCAGCUCAAUCGGGUUGCUGGUGGUGCGCCUGUGGCGACUUCUAGGCGGUCCACGCGCCUUGUGCCUGGUCGGACAGCGUUGCGCGUUUCUGCUGUAGCUGAAGCCGACAAGACGGCGGCCAUCAACAAGAGCGGCACCUCGUCGGUGCCUGCCACCACCAAGGACAUUGAGAAUAAGCUGCGAUACUUGUUUGGUCGCAAUGAGGUAUCCACGCCCAACGACGCUUACCAGGGCACCGCAUGGAGCGUUCGAGAGCGGCUGAUCGAUGCGUUCAACAAGACGCACGAGCACUGGAAGAAGGAGGAUCCAAAGUUCAUCUACUACCUCUCUGCAGAAUUCCUUAUGGGCCGCUCGCUCACCAACACCGUCUUCAAUCUAGGUCUUCAGGGCGAUUACGCCACGGCCCUGAAGGAGCUCGGCCAAAAGAUGGAGCAGGUCGCAGAGGCCGAGCGUGACGCAGCAUUGGGUAACGGCGGUCUGGGUCGCCUGGCCGCUUGCUUCCUGGACUCCAUGGCGACAUUGGACCUGCCGGGCUGGGGGUACGGCAUCCGCUACAAGUACGGCAUGUUUAAGCAGGCCCUCAAGGACGGCUACCAGCAGGAGCUACCCGACAUCUGGCUAACCAGCGGCAACCCCUGGGAGGUACGGCGGGACGACGUACGGCACAUGGUGGGUUUCGGAGGCCGCGUGGAGCGACGGCGUGAGGCGGGCGGCCGGGAGGUGGCGGUGUGGACACCGGCGGAGCAGGUCAUCGCGCAGGCCUACGACAACCCCAUCCCCGGCUACUCCACCCCCACCACCAGCAACCUGAGGCUGUGGGACGCGCUGCCGCUGAGCGAGUUCGACCUGGCGGCGUUUAACGCGGGCGACUAUGAUAGGGCCAUGUUGGCUCGCGAGCGCGCCGAGGCCAUCAGCGCCGUGCUCUACCCCAACGACUCCACCCCCGAGGGCAAGGAGCUCCGGCUCAAGCAGCAGUACUUCUUCGUGUGCGCCUCCCUGCAGGACGUGUUGUCGCGGUUCAAGGCGACCCACGGGUCAGCCCGGUGGGACCUGCUGCCCUCCAAGGCCGUGUUCCAGCUGAACGACACGCACCCCACCAUUGCGGUUGCGGAGCUGAUGCGGCUGCUGGUGGACGUGGAGGGGCUGGAGUGGGACGAGGCGUGGGGGAUCACAACAAAGUGCCUGAACUACACCAACCACACGGUGAUGCCCGAGGCGCUGGAGAAGUGGCCGGUCAAGGUGAUGGCUAAGAUGCUGCCCCGCCACAUGGAGAUCAUCGAGGUCAUCAACGAGGGCUGGACUCAGUGGCUGUCCGCCCACCUGGCCUCCGAGCUGCCCGCACCCGAGGAGCGGGCCAAGCGCAUCGCGGCCAUGUCCAUCAUACAUGAGAACCCCUGGAACAAGGAGGAGAUGCUGGUCAACAUGGCCUACCUGGCUGUCGUAGGCUCCUCCGCGGUGAACGGAGUGGCGGCCAUCCACUCCAACAUCGUCAAGGACGAGAUCUUCAACGACUUCUACAAGAUCUUCCCCUCCAAGUUCCAGAACAAGACCAACGGCGUCACCCCCCGCCGCUGGCUAGCCUGGUGCAACCCCGAGCUGGCGGACCUUAUCACACAGCAGCUGGGCAGCGACGCAUGGAUCAACGACACGGAGCAGCUGACUGCCCUGCGCACCCACGCCUCCGACCCCGCCUUCCAGCAGCGCUGGGCGGCUGUCAAGUCCGCCAAGAAGGAGCGGCUGGCGGGGCUGAUCAAGCGCGUGUGGGGUGAGGAGGUGAACACGGCGGCGCUGUUCGACAUCCAGAUCAAGCGCAUCCACGAGUACAAGCGCCAGUACCUCAACGUGCUCUCCAUCAUCUGGCGCUACAAGCAGCUCAAGCGCAUGAGCCCGCAGCAGCGGCUGCAGGCGGUGCCGCGAGUGUGCGUGAUCGGAGGCAAGGCCGCCUCCGCGUACGACAUGGCCAAGCGCAUCAUCCGGCUGGUGACCGCGGUGGGGUCCGUCAUCAACGCCGACCCCGACACCCGCGACUACCUGCGCCUCUACUUCCUGCCCGACUACAACGUGAGCCUGGCGGAGACCAUCAUCCCCGCGGCGGAGCUGAGUCAGCACAUCAGCACGGCGGGCACCGAGGCCUCCGGCACCUCCAACAUGAAGUUCGCGCUCAACGGCUGCCUCAUCAUAGGCACCUGGGACGGCGCCAACAUCGAGAUCGCGGAAGAGACGGGGGUGGAGAACGUGUUUGUGUUUGGCGUGCGCGCGGAGGACAUCAACGGCCUGCGCAAGGAGCGCAAGAACUUCAAGACGGACCCGCGUUGGGAUGAGAUCAUGCGCGACAUCGAGGGGGGUAUGUUCGGAGACAAGGAGUACUUCAAGCCGCUGGUGGACAGCGUGAACAACAUGAAGGUCGGCAACGACUGGUUCCUGCUUGCCAACGACUUCGCCGCCUACCUGGACGCGCAGCAGCAGGUGGACGAGUGCUACCGAGACCAGGCGGAGUGGCUGAGGAGGUCUAUCAUGUACACCGCCGGCAGCGGCAAGUUCAGCAGCGACCGCACUAUUCGGCAGUACGCGGAGGACAUCUGGCACGUGGGCCCCUGCAGGCCGCCGCCGGCAGCAGGGGGGCAGCAGUAAGCGGGGAGCUGGAAAAGGGAGGCAGGGAGAGGAAGCGGGGGGAGGAGGAGGGCGAGCGGGAGGCAGGUCCGUAGCGGCAGUGGCUUGAGGUGGGCUUUGCUAGUCGAGCCGUUACGGCGAUGAGAGGCGGAGCAGAUGAGGUGAUGUACGGCUGGCUCGAGUGUGGGCGGGUGUGGGGUAUGAGGGUGGGUGGGUUUCUCGGUGUGUGUUUGUUCUGGAGUGUAUAGAGCUUGUUUGCUUGUUUCCAUGUCUGCUUGCUUGCUAGCUACAGCUUGCUUGCUUGCUUGGUUCUAAGACUUCCAGGGUAGGCAGGUGAAUAGGGAGGCGCCUCUUCUGUUGUGAAGCGGGGCCAUGUGUCAUGGACCAUCGCACAAUCAUCAUACACAUCAUCAGCACCAUUCUUUGUCAUCAUUGUCAUAUCCGAGGAAUUGCAUCCGAGGAAUUGCGGUGUUGGGGGGCGACGGUUGUGUCCGCUGUGCAGGGCAAUACCCGCAGCAACGCGUUGACGAACAUGUUGCAUGCCGUGUCGUGUCGUGUCGGGGGGGACAGCGGAUAAGCGCGGGUUGUAGGAGGGGGAAAGCGCUACGUUGUGUGGAAAGGUGGUAUGAGUUGUGGAACGUGUGUUCGCUUCAAUUGUAUUCUUUCACACCUCGACUCGUUUGCUUCGUAAUUAACGUAGUACAAACCUGUACGAUUAAGUUGAAAUGGAGCUAGGAGGAUGGGUUUGGGACUCUGGGUUGUAACAAUUAGAGGAGAAAGUUGUUGACAUAUGCCCGGACAAGUGUUUCAUGCUUUAUUGGCAAAGGUAUGUUCCAUUGCGACUCGUUGCCACGCUUGCCAUCAACACGUGCCCAGAGAGCCUUGACUCGCAUUUCAUCCUUUCUCUCACUCUCACUCUUGCUCCGAGGCACGUGCCGUACCGUUCG